CUCUACCACCACUAGGUCGAGUCGAGGAGGAGGAGGAGGAGGAGGAAGAGGAGGAGGAGGAGGAGGGAUGAGGCGCGCGGCGGAGGGGAAAUGGCUGCCGAAAACAAGCCGGAAGGACUGAAGAAGAUAAGAAAUCCAGAGCGAAUGGUCAGGAUUGCUGUUGGUUACACUGGACACACCCCUCCCAAGAGUGACGACACUGACGCCAACAAUGAGCCGGGCCAGCUGAAGAUCUACCUUCCUAAGAAGCUGCUGGAGUGUCUACCAAAAUGUUCCUCUCUGCCCAAGGAGCGCCAUCGCUGGAACACCAACGAGGAGAUUGCGGCGUAUCUCAUCACGUUCGAGAAGCAUGAUGAGUGGCUGACGACAUCGCCAAAAACCAGGCCUCAGAAUGGCUCUAUGAUCCUCUACAACCGUAAAAAGGUGAAGUACAGGAAAGAUGGCUAUUGCUGGAAGAAAAGGAAAGACGGGAAGACCACCCGAGAGGAUCACAUGAAGCUGAAAGUCCAGGGAGUUGAGUGUCUGUAUGGCUGCUACGUCCACUCCUCCAUCAUCCCCACCUUCCAUCGUAGAUGCUAUUGGCUGCUGCAGAACCCAGACAUUGUGCUGGUGCACUACCUGAAUGUACCAGCAGUGGACGAUAGCGGGAAGCCAUGCGGUCCCGUCCUCUGCUCCAUCAACACGGAUCGGAAGGAGUGGGCCAAGUGGAGCAAGGAGGAGCUCAUCGGGCAACUCAAACCCAUGUGUGCUGGAAGCAGCCUGCACCAAAAAUGUUCCAGUGUCAAGCAGCGCAUCAUCUCAUCCAAGCAGGAGUCAGGUGCAGCAGCAGGAGGGGGAACGGCAGUCGGUGCUGGGGUAGCAGCAGGCCAGAGAGCUGAGGAAGCAGAUGGCGCAGAGGUCCAGAACAGUGAUGUAUCAGAGGGCAAGACAGAGCCCAGUCCUGGAGGGGGCAGGAGCAGGGCAGGUGGAGGAGAAAGGAGGAAUGGCAGGAUAGCCAAACCCUCCUUACUCCCACAGAGCAGCAUGGAGGUGUCUUCUUCUACUUCCACCCACCAGGUGGAGGUCCCCGACACCACCCAGAGCUCCCCAUUGUCAAUCACCAGCGACAUGGCUGACAGUCCCGCUCUCGCCAUUGGGGCUGGCUUAUCGCAAAGCACAGCUGUGUUCAUGUCUGAGGUCACCACGCUGACCGGGGAUUCGGUUUACUCCUCCGGUCACACACACCUGCUGGCGUCCGCCCACGAGAGUACCACUGCUGGCAUCCUGCUGGCCGUCGCCCCCGAAAACCAGCGGUUCGCAUCGUUUCCAAGUGGAGUAGGCCUAGGGGAGGGAGGGGAGUUGGUUCUGUCUAGCUCUUUAGAUUCUGGUGGAGGAGUCAGCCUUCCUGAGACCACCAUGACCUUUGAUCCAGAUUGCUUCCUCAACAACCCCAAGCAAGGCCAGACUUACGGAGGAGGCGGAGGGAAGACCGAGGGGUGCAACGGCGAUGACGGAGGACUCCACUGCUCCUCCAACGGCUUUGUCUACAACCCGGCUCUCGUCAACAACAUCAAGACAGAAGCGACGCCCCUGGAACAGCCGCUGGCCUCUCAGAGCAGCUACGUGGGUGAAGGAGCUGGCCUGAGCCCCAGCACCACCCUGGAGCAGAUGGACUUCAGCGCUGUCAUGUCGUCGGCCUGCGUCCCGAGUUUGACCCAGCCCGCGCACCACCCUUCUCCGAGCCUCUUUCUCCAGGCCUCCCCCCAGAACAGCCAGCCCUCGCAGCUGCAGACCAACGGUGCUGAGGCGACCCAGGAGUCCGGCGAGGCCCAGGCUUACGCAGGCCUGCCCACGGUGCCAACAGACUCUCCAGUCACCAAUGGAGACUCACAUACACACCUCCACCAAGCCAGCGCAGACCAGCAGGCCCUGUGCGCAAGGAACGGGCAAGGGGCGCCGAUGGGCUCUUUUCCCCUGACGCCACAGGACGCGACCGUCAACCAGUCAGUCAGCAGGGCGCAUCAAGAGGUUGGCGGCUUAGACAAACCUCCUGAGAACGGGAAUCCUCACGAGGCUUACGCGAGCGCCGACUCAGAACAUUACCUCCAGCCAACAGACAACAACGGAGGAGGAGGAGGAGGAGGAGGAGGAGAGGAAGGUAGAGGGAGUGGUGCAGGUGGAGGAGGGGAAAAUGAGAUUCUCUGUAACGGUGUAAGCUUGCCAGGGGCCAACGGUUCAGUGGUGACCAGUCCCCAGUCAAUGGCUACCGGUGCGAACAUGGAGGGGGCGCUCUACAGCUCUCCGCUUCCUCAGCAAGGUGGAGGGGUGGCAGCCGCAACAGCUGGGGCAGGAGGCGCAGCCAUCAGUCUGGAAGGCUUUGAGGCUUCAUUUGGGAGCCAGUUCUCUGAUCUCAUCAAUGAUUUCAUCUCAGUCGAGGGGUCUGGGGGCGGGGUGGGUGCGGCAGUGACCGGGGUUCUGAUGCCCCAGGAGGGGGCAGCGGGAGAGGAGCAGGGAGCAGGAGCGGGCCAUCUGCAGGGCUCCGAGGUGGAGCAGGGAGCACUGGGGCUGCUCCAGGAGACUGGGAGGCUGUUCGGUGUGACGGACUACUCCCCAGAGUGGUCUUAUCCAGAGGGUGGAGUGAAGGUGCUGAUCACGGGUCCGUGGUUAGAGUCCAGCAGUGAGUACAGCUGUCUCUUCGACCACAUCAGUGUCCCCGCUGCCCUCAUCCAGCCUGGGGUGCUGCGCUGCUACUGUCCAGCCCAUGACACAGGACUGGUGAUGCUGCAGGUGGCUAUGGGCGGUGAGGUCAUCUCUUCCUCUGUGGUGUUUGAAUACAAAGCCCGUGACCUUCCUGCCCUGCCGUCCUCUCAGCACGACUGGCUGUCCCUGGAUGAUACCCAGUUCAGGAUGUCCAUCUUGGAGCGUCUGGAGCAGAUGGAGCAGAGAAUGGCUGAAAUAACCAAUCAGAACCCCAGCUCUGAAGCCAUGGCAACCAAGGGGGGAGGAGUGGAGGGAGGAGGAGGAGGAGGAGGAGGAGGAGGAGGUGGUGGAGGAGGAGGAGGAACAGCUGAUCAGCAGUCUCAAAUCUCUCCCGAUCAGGGUUCAUUCGAGGGUCGUGUGGUGGUUGUGUGUGAGAAAAUGAUGUCUCAGCCUUGCUGGGCUUCCUCCAAUCAGCUCGUCCACAGUAAGAACUCCAGGGGAAUGACUUUACUACAUCUGGCUGCAGCUCAGGGCUACGCAGGGCUCAUUCAGACGCUCAUCCGCUGGCGUACAAAGCAUGCCGACAGUAUUGACCUCGAGCUGGAGGUGGAUCCUCUCAAUGUGGACCACUUCUCCUGCACUCCACUGAUGUGGGCAUGUGCUCUUGGUCAUACCGAGGCAGCGUUGGUGCUUUACCAGUGGGACCCGAGAGCCCUAGCUAUUCCUGACUCACUAGGGCGCUUGCCGCUGAACAUAGCCCGAUCCCGAGGCCACACCCGAUUGGCUGAGCUUCUCGAGCAGCUGCAACAGAGUCCUCAAACUCAGGGCCAGCCUGUGGACACCUGGAUGGACAGAUGGAGAGGGGAGUCGCAGAACAGCGGGAUAAGCAACAGCCCCACCCCUAACCCAAAUUCAGAGCUGCGAAGGACCAGGGCAGACAGCCAACCAGGCAACCAGAACCAGAACUGGAGCCAAACUGGACACAGAGCCUCACAGGGAACCCAGGGAGAGCAGGGGGGCCCACCUCCAGCCAAGAGACUCAAACCCAGCCCCGACACCCAGCAACAGCUAGCUAACUCGAGCCCUGGCACCAACAGCAUCACCUCUCCUCCAAAUCCUAAUCCUCAGAGUUCUGUCCUCCCCAAGACCCUACAAACUCAGCCCUCCGGCGUCAGCUGUCAGAACACACCUCUUCCCAGCUCCAGCCCCGGCCAGCCUCAGCUCCCCAGUGCCCAAUUCUCCCACCUGCAGGCCAGGAUAGGGGGGUCUGGAGGGGGCACCAGGUGGAGUCUGAGACAGAGUCUGGGGCAGCGAAGCUUAGCCAGGAGGAUUCUAGGAAAGGAACGAUUGGCCAUCCAUCUGCGCCAAAGUGUGCUGUCCGACAGGGGAGAGGAGACCGAACUGUUGACCUAUCAGGAUAACGCAGAAGACUUGCAGAUGGAUAUUACAAUGCUCGCCGAUCACAUCAUGGAGACUUCGAAUGGUAGGGUUAAGCAGGAAGCUAUGGAGACUGAAAUAGACUCCGGGAAGGUGGGGAUCAGCAGUGAUGUCAGGUUACUGUCUGGUUAUCUCGGUGAAGUUGAGAGGUUUCUGAAGUCCAAGCCCCUGAUUCCUAGCCCCAAACCAAACUCUCUCUCAGGGCCAGAGGAUACGCAGAGUCCUCAGGCUAAACUGGCCCCACCCUCCCCGCUGGAGUGGAGCUCCUUCCUCUGCGCAGCUAUGAAAGAGGAGAGGUUGAAAACAGACUCCUCCUGUCUAGCCAUGACUGAGGCAGAGCAGGGCGAGCUGUAUGAGACCAUCAGGCUAGCUCUGCACUCCCUCAGAAAACAUAAGGGUCCCAUUCAGGAACAACGCAAAGAGAUUGCAGCAGUGAUUCAACGCUGUUAUAAGAGAUAUAAGCAGUAUGCACUUUAUAAGAGGAUGACCCUGGCAGCCAUCCUGAUCCAGAGUCGUUUCCGGAGUUUCCACGAACAGAGGAAGUUCCAGCAGAGUCGUAGAGCAGCGGUCCUCAUCCAGCAAUACUACCGCUCCUACAGACACUCCCUCAGCAACCUCCUGACUAAAAAACAGAACCAGGCCGCUCGCAAGAUCCUGAGGUUCCUGCUCCGAUGCCGCCACAGCCCCUUGAUGGACCAUAGGCCUCUGAAACGGGGCCAGAGAGCAGAGAAAGGCCAGGGGUCCUGAGAGCCCUCCGUCAGGCCCCGCACACAGCCCCCUCAGCCUGUGAGCAAUCUAUACACCCUCUCCCCUCCAUCUUCUCCUUUUUCUUUCUCCUCUCAUUCAUCUUCCCCAAACCCCCCUCCCUAUCCAUUCGCCAGCUCCUCCUCCCGCCCUCUCCUCUCCUUUCCUUUCCUUUCCUUUCCUUUCCUUUCCUCCCCCCCCCCCCUCCUUCUCUCUCACUUUCUCUCCCCUCUUGUCUCAAGAGGGAGAAAACUCUUCCCAGACAGACUGAGGACAGGAUAGGUGUCCAUCAUGGCAGCUCAGACAGACAGACUGCUGGGCAGAGCCCAGGGACCUGGCUCUGCCCACAGCACUGAUCCUCCUCCACAGUUUCACUGGGAGGCCAUCACAUUAACCUCAUGGCAUUCUUUGCACUCUUCAUGGGUAUGUUUCUUUGCAAGAGCAAGUCGACGAGUCAAACUCGAGAAAUCGAAGGAAGCGCCCCCGGCGACGGCACCCUGCCGUUUAGGUCAGCGGCCCCCCGGAUGUGACGAAAAGGCUUCCCGUGACGAACGGCCGGCUCAAGAGAAAGGCUACUUUCACAUGCAGAAAAUACACAAAAAAAACCUGUUGGGUUUUACAUCCAAACAGAGAUCCAUGAAAGAAUAAGAAAAACAUAAACCAAAAAACUCACUUCUUUCUAUGUUGCAUUUGCAUGCAAGAGUUUUUUUUUUUUUUUUUUCACGUACUCCUCCUCUCCAUCAUCCUGAAGAACUACAGUGGCAAAAAUCAUUCUGCUGAUUCAGUAUAUCACGACGUCACCAACCAAUAUGACUCACAGGCUUACAAACCUAUUAAUCAGUCACCCAAUCAAAAGGGGAGGAACUGCACUUGAAUGUAAGAGGGGCAUUGUUAGAUAAAGGGAUGGGGUCUGAAUAACGAUGUCUUAAUUUGUUACAUGGACUUUGUAUGGAGUCGUUCUCAGAGGCAGCACUUUGCUCGCCUGAUGUGGUGUGUCCGUGUUUGUUCAAUUCAAUGCAUGUGUUUGAGCUACGGGCUCCUGCAUGCUUGCCAAACUGCUUUAGUGUUGUUUCUUUUGUAUUUCUAUGUGUAAUUGUGUCUCACUUACGUCCUCAUCAACUUAUCCUUGCCCUGUGUAAUGUGAACUGUGUAAGGACAAAUAACUUAUUUUGGGUGCUUUUUUUUUUCCUUCUUCUUUUUCUUUUUUUAAAUUUUAUUUAUUUAAGGGUCUGAUUAUUUAUUUAAAUUGGCUCAAGGGUGGUUUAGCUUGAGACUGCUUUCUCCCCCCCGUGUGAUAAACUAUGACAUGUUCUAAUGGUUAAAUGUCUCUGUUAGUUUGUUCUUUGCGUGAACCUCUAAAUCCCACCUGUGGUUUUGAGGAGAGAGUCACAUACCAUUGCCUUGACUUCUUCUUGACUCUGAGAGGUCUCUAUGCUUGCUCUGUACAGGACAUGGGUCCUAUACCUGCCCCUAUACAGGGCAUUGGUCCCCAUAUUAGCCCAUACGGGCGAUCAAAUCCAUAUUUUGGACUAUUGCAUAUUCCUGUAUAUAAACUUACGAGGUAAGGGGAUAUGAGGACCCUGAAACUUUUUCAUAAGAGGACUGUAUUUAAGAUUAUAAAUUAUUUUACUCCCAUAAUGAGAACUUAAGACAGAGACCUGGGUACACAGGAUGGCUGUUAUGCUUGUAAAUAAUGUAGAUAUUACAAACGGAGUAAUGUGCAUGAGAUUUAAGACAAAGAAACAGCAAAAAGAACAUGUUAGUGGCUAUGGACUGUGAGAGGAUUUUAACUGCUUCACUUUAAGAGUAUCCAGUAUAAGUAUUACUGAAAAGAACAUUUUGUUAAAGCAUGCAACUGAAAAACCUAAUGUUAGAAUUUUAAGUGGGAAAAACAAACGUUAGCUGAAACAACGACCUUUCAGACAAAACAUUUACACUUUGUGUUUUUGUUUCUUGGCUAGCAAAAAUUAAACCCUUUUUGCCAGUAGUGCCAAUUAUUAUGAAUGCUAUUUUGCCUAACAAUAUGUUACGUUGGGGAACCCAACACCCAAAAGAUAUCAGCAAGAUCCACAGAGGCAACGCACGCACACACACAGACACACACAUACACACACACACGAUAACCAGUAGAAGAGAUCUAGUACUAACUCAGCCGUAGACCUCCUACAAGUUCUGAAGAUGUGAUGAUGGUAUUGGUGAUGAUGCAGGUGUGAAAAUGAUUCUAAUGGUGAUGAUGAUGAUGAUGGUUUAAAUGUGACUGCAAUGACUGGUGACCCGAAAAGGGAAGAGGGUGCUACAUUCUUUACAUGUGAUUGAGCUUCAGCAACAUACUAGCUUUUAUUAAGACCAUUAAUCACACCUACCUGCAGCGGAUCCAGCCUGGCCUCCAGUCAAAGCUUUCCAUCUUUAAAAAGGAAUGUCUCCUCCCCCACUUUUUUUUUUUUUUUACAUUUCAUUUGAUUGAUUUCUUUUUUUCUUCUUUUCUCCUCAUUGUCACUGCCAUAAUUAUACGACAUGUACUUUAGACUUCUGGAAAGCUCUGUUUAGAAAGUGCCUGCUCAAUAACAGAAAAGUGCAAACUAAUAUCAGGAAAUAUCUAUUGUAUGUCCUCCAAAAAAAAAAAAAAAAAGGUUUCCGGGUUACCUGUUUAUUUUCCUAAAUUGUGUGUUAAAAAAAAAAAAAAAAACAGACUUGACCGUGUUGAUCUGUCAGGUUGAUCUGAGUCUGAGUUAGAAGCUCUGAUUUGUCAGUGGUAUGAAUGGAUGAUCAUGGCCUGGUUGAUGCUAUGUGUUGCUUUAUGAGACAAACCGAUAAUUACAGUAUCACUCUAUACCCCACUUUUGUGUGUCAGAACGAAGAAAACCAUCGAAUUCAGCUUAUGUGUGUGAAAGGCACUGUCACCGGUCUAUUCACUGCCCCCAGUGUCGCUGUCGGGAUGUGGAGGGGGGGAGGGAGGGAGGGGGAUGUGUGUGUCUGUCUCUUUCCAGAAAAUGAUUUUGCAGCAUUUAAGUGAACGCAGCGUAACUGGGCAGUUUUUCAGAGGACAAAAAAAACAAACAACAAAAAAAAAAAAACGUUCAUACGUGCUUUCUUUCUUUGUCUUUCACUCACUGUCUCACACGGAUAUGGGCACACAUGUGAACACACACAAACACAAAUACACACACACACACACAAAACAAGCGGCCACACUCUUUCUCUCUGUGCUUAUGUCUUUGGGAACAAUGAAAUCUCUCCCUUAGAUUUUACUCAGGGUUGAAGAACAGGGAGAUGGCAUGUGGAAUGUAACGACUGCUGGCACAGGGUUGUACCACUACUGGUGUCCGUGUGUGCGUCUGCACAUGUUGCGUGCACAUAUUCGUGUGUGCGUUUCGGGGAUACUCCGGCCGUUCAUUCACUAGUUAGCAUCCGCAGACCUUUAGGCAGUUUUUUCGAUUGACGUCGUCUUUCUAAUAUUCCAGUCCUGUUUUUGUGAAGCAGCCAAUUUGAUCUUUUUGCUUCGUCGAUUUUUCUACGAGGAAAAAAAAAAGCAACUAAAUCUUAUUUUAUAAAAUUGAUAAAAAUUAAUAUUAAAAGCAAGUAACGAGCCAGUAUAGCGAUUCAUAAGUAUUUUAAAAACACCACCCUCCAUCUUAUCAACAAAAGUUAAGAGCGAUAGUAGAUUGAAAGAUCUGCAAUUGGAUCUAUCUAGCUACGGUUAGGGCAGUGCUGUCAGGAGCAUUAAUGCUGCGGUAUUGCUCGAACCUCUUCUCGAACUGCCCCUUUCUCUCUCACGUCAGCACAAUUAAAGAAAACUGCUCCUCCGAACCCAGUUUAAUACCGUACUCACACACACACACACACACACCAGCAUCCAAAUGCUCGCACUUAUGGACUCAAACACGCAAAACGAAACACACAGACUGCUGAAAAUCUGUCAUGUUUUUGGAGAAGAUGGCGACUGUAAAAAGAGUAUGUAGAGUAGAAGAAAAAAAAAAGAAAAAGAGAAUAACAAUAAUAAUAAUGAUAAUAAUAAAGAAGCGUUGCCAUAGUAGACAGCUGGUAGACAUGCGCAGAGAUGGCCUCUGUUCUCAUAAGUCCGCCUAAAAAUGAAUGGUACAACCUUUCAGGCCUUGUUUCGAGAGGGCGUGGCCAAACACCACACUGCAUGCUAGAAUGGUAGACCCUUAUAGAUAAUCUAUGGCUAAACCUCUCCUUGCCUUCCUCUUCUUUCAAAACCGCCUCCCCCACCCCCGACCCCCCACCCUCCCCUCAUUUCCUGCUGUACUUCCCACCUUGCCUGCUGUUGUGUUCUCCAUGCCUAUCUCAGUCUCUCAUUCCUCUUUUUUUGUUUUGUAGCCUAGUUUUUACUUCUUUUGUUUUACGAACAUGCAUGCACAAGCAUCACUAAAAUUGUUGAUGUUUUUAAAAAGAAUAUUUUGUUGCUGAGGCCAUGCAAAGUGUUUUGAAUAUUGCCCUUAUAUGUGGAAAAAUGUCUUCUGAAUGCUUUACAUAAUUUCUGCUGUAAAAUGAAAUCAGAAUAAAAAGAAAAUUUGCACUUUAA